AUGUCCCAAAACAAAGAAAGCACCCGGCCAGCAUCGGAACUGAAUUUACCAGUGAUUCCCCCACUUACAACAACAGUUGAUACUCGUGCUCAAAAGCUUCAUGAUCAAGCCUCAACUUCCUUCACCUUCCAAACUCCCAUCCCUAACCCAACAAUUACCUUCAAUCCAACAUUCCCUAGCAGCGAGUUUCCUAUCUCUUAUCACCAAGCUGUCCCGAAUGCGGAAUCUCAUCCUUCAGCACCAAUCCCUUCAGUUUACCCUGCAACCAAUUUUCUGACUCGGGGAAUAGCUCAUGCAAUAGGAGGGGAAAGUAGAGAAAAAGAAAAUAAGAAGUUAUCUGCUCUGGAAAAAAGACUAAGAGCUAUUGAAGGGCUAAAUACAUAUGGCUCAAUCGAUGUGUCUUCGCUGAGAUUAGUACCAGAUGUGGUGGUGCCACCAAAAUUUAAAGUCCCAGAAUUCGACAAAUACAGUGGAAACUCUGACCCACGCAUCCACUUAGCCACUUACAUAGCUAAGAUGUUCGCUCUCACAGAAGAUGACAGACUCUUGGUACAGUUCUUCCAUAAAAGUCUCACAGAAGCAGCCUUACAUUGGUGCAUACAAUUGGAUAAGAGUAUAUUACGCUCCUGGAAAGAUUUGGUUAAUGCUUUCUUUAAACAGUACAAGUUCAAUUAUAAUGUUGCCCCCAUAAUGAGAGACCUCCAAAACCUGGUACAAAGGAAAAGGGAGAGCUUUAAGGAGUAUGCCCAGAGGUGGAGAGAAAAGGCAGCUGAAGUUUAUCCUCCAGUGACAGACAGUGAACUCUGCUCUCUAUUCAUUGAGACUCUGAAGGCCCUAUACUUCAAUUUAAUGAUUGGGAAUACUUCUAACAGUUUUUCUGAUAUCAUCCAGACAGGAGAAAGGAUUGAAGCGAAUCUCCGAUUAGGGAGGUUACAAGAAGUAGUAGGAGAGAGUUCUAUGAAAAAGCUUACUAAUUUCGAGAAAAGGAAAGAAGGGGAUGUACAGUUCAUUUCAAAACAAAUUCACCUACCACCACAAAAUAAUUUUCACCCAUACACCUCAGCCCAAAGUCCAUACCCUCCAGCCCAAAUUCCAAUGGUAGCAAAUGUUCUUCCUCCAUUCUCGAACUAUCAUCGCUCACAAUAUCCUCCCCAAGCUGCCUAUAAUCCCAGACCAUCUGACCAAAAUACUCCUUUCAGACCACCUGCUCCUCAACCUGGCCCAAGACCAUCAAGGAAUUCUGAUCCACCAUUACCACUCCCACUCAGUGAAAUUUACAGUUAUCUCAAGACCUGCUCCAAAAAUGAUUUUUUUUCUGUUCCCACCACAUCAACACCGCCAGCACCACCUUUGACAAUCAUACGUACCCCACCACAGCUGCCUGUUACCAAUACCCAUGUUGUGCCUUGGAAUUAUAAUUUCCAAGUUUAUACAUAG